AUGACGAUAAGUCCUUCUAAAUAUAUUUUCAUCACUGUUUUUUUGCUUGCUUUUGAAGGUGCUCGUAAAAUUAGUAUACAAAAACCGGAAGAACCUUUGGAACCAGAAGAAAAGAAACCUCGUAUAAGGCGCGGUUUAUACAAUAUGAAUAUCCAUCAGGGGAGUAACAUCGAGAUGCAGGUGUGUACAUCUGGUUGGCCUACGCCCACUGUGAAAUGGUUCAAAGACGGUGCCGAACUCCUACCAGACGAUCAUCGCCUUAUAUGGACAGAUGAACGUGGCAUUCACCGUUGUAUCAUUCUAAACAGUUCACCGGAUGAUGAGGGAGAAUACAGUUUAGAGGCAACCAACAAACUUGGAACUGCCAAAACAGAAGGCCUAAUAACAAUAAUAAAACCACGUGAAGCUGAAGGCUACUUGGGUGACUCUCGAGGUGGCAUACCGUAUCCUCCUGGAUUUAUAAGGCAACUGAAGAAUAAGCACGUCUUCUCGCAUAUGCCAACAAUAUUCGACUGUCUCAUCGUUGGGCAUCCACCUCCAGAGGUUGAAUGGUAUCAUAAUGGACAAAGAAUUAUUCCGGGUGGAAGAGUGAAGAUUCAGUCUUGUGGUGGCGGUUCUCAUGCAAUUAUUAUUCUGGAUACUCUUCCGGAAGAUGCCGGUGAAUAUGUUUGUAUAGCCCGAAACUCUCACGGUACAGCAUCAAGCAGUGCUGUUCUGGACGUAACAGUUCCUCAUCUCGAUGAAAUCAAGUUUAAUGGUGCAGCUGAUGUCACUCCCUAUCUGACUGAGGAAUAUGGAUUUAGAAAAAUUAAUUUUGCAAGUUUCCCAACACCACCAGAUCGUGGUCCAUUCAUCAAGGAGGUAACUGGUCAUUACUUGACCCUUUCAUGGAUUCCAACCAAAAGAGCACCUCCACGCUAUCCACAAGUUACUUAUGUAAUUGAGAUAAGAGAACUGCCAGAAAAAGAAUGGACAUUGUUGGAUUACAACAUUCCGGAACCAGUUUGCAAAGUACGUAAUUUGGAAUUAGGUAAAAGCUAUCAGUUCCGAGUUCGUGCAGAAAACAUUUAUGGUAUCAGUGAUCCUUCGCCAGCUUCGCCUCCGUCGAGGCUAAUGGCUCCUCCUCAACCUGUUUUGGACAAGAACAAACGAGUCAUACCACUCUUAGAUCCUUAUGCCGAAAAAGCUUUAGAUCAAGCAUAUGCUGAACAAUACGCUUGUGCUCCGUGGUUUGCACCAGGAGUUGUGGAAAAGAGGUAUUGUGCUGAAAAUGACACUUUGACAAUAACACUUCACGUUUCUGGUUAUCCUGAUCCUAAAAUUACGUGGAAAUUCCGUGGAUGGGACUUGGAUACCACCAGUCCUCUAUCGAAGACUCGUGUUGUUACUUAUGGCGGUACGGAAACAACUCUAACGGUGUCUGGAUUUGAUAAAGAUAAUGCUGGUCAGUACCAAUGUGUUGCCGUCAAUCAAUACGGUGAAGCUCAGCAGAAUGUCUUUGUCGAUCUUGCGGUACGGCCGAGUUUCCUUCAACCUCUAGAAAACAAAAUUGCUUCUAGCGCGCAACGUUUACGAUUAGAUGUACGGGUAGAUGGAAAUCCGUUUCCUGAACUAAAAUGGAUGAAGGAGUGGCGGCCAAUAGUAGAAUCCUCUCGAGUACACUUUGUCCAAGAUGGUCCAUUCCUGUGCUCACUUAUUAUUGAAGAUCCAAUGUGGCGAGAUUGCGGAAUCUAUUCAGUAACUGCUACAAAUGAAGCUGGAACUGCAACUACUUCAUGUUCGGUCACCGUUGAAGCUGAAGGCGACUACAAUGAUGUUCAACUGCCGAAAAAACCGAUUAAUCUGGAAAUGAAAAAAGUUCGAGACCUAUAUGAAAUUGAUAAGAAGGACGAGAAGGUAGCAGCUUCAGGAGCACCAUUUCAUGUAACUGAACGUGCAACAGGCAAAUGCUUUUUGGCACAGCUACGUCCAGUAGAUGACAGUCUUUCACGAAACAUCGACAUCUACAACACGAUAAAUCAUCCAAACAUUGUACAGUUACGUCAAAUCGUUGCCGACCAAGGGAUUGCAGUUGUCGUCUAUCAAAAGUAA